AUGGCCCGCGGAAAACGAAGGGCCCCAAUUCGACCAGAGGUCAUUCUUCCGGGAAGCACUCUGAAUGAUGAAGUUGACGACUUCAUAGAUCAGCGUCACAAUUUGGACGCAGAUCAAGAAUCGGACCCUGACGCUCAGCUCAAUGAGGACAUUUCAAGUGAAGACCAAAUUUCUUCGGACGAAGAUGAAAGCGAUGACAUGGAUCAUGACAGGGAGUUGGCGGAGAAGCGGGGAUGGGGCGGGAAGAAGAGCUUGUACUACGGCGGUGACACACACGAGUACGAAAUCAUGGAGGAGGAAGAACGUCAGGAGGCGUUGAAGGACGAGGAAGAAGAAGCACUGCGUCUGCAGAAAGAGGCCGUUGCAAAGUUGCAUCCUGACGAUUAUCGCGACGAAGACGAAGAUGAUACAGAUGUAAACGACGAUAGCGAAAGCGAGAAAGAAGGUGCAAACGCAACAAUCAAUGCGAACGGAAUUAUUUCCGCAUCCUCCAUCGACCACGCCGCUCCUGAGAUACCUGUUCUCAUCCAGGAAAUGCUGGAGAGCCGAAGACAGGCUAUGAUCUGGAAGGACCGCAUUCAUUGGAAUGAGAUAGCGACGAUUCUCUUCCAUCUGUAUGCAUCGUUGGUCAGCAACAUCGCUUUUUAUCUUUCAUUGCGAACUGACCCUGAUUCAGAGGGGGUGGACAUUCGAACCCAUCCCGUCCUCGUUCAAAUUGUUCGAAUUCGAUCUCUACUUAAGGACGCGAGGGCCCUUCCGUGCGAAAAGCCAGCCACAACUAAACCGACAGCACAAGCACAGAUUGUUGACGUGGCAGGUGAACAGUCAGGAACAACAGGAACAUCGCAUGCCAAUGGUCUCCCAGGCACUCAGGCUCAAGUUAAUGUCGCUGUUCCCAACGGUGUCGUGAAACCUCUGGACAAGAACAAGAAGCGGAAGAAGCGCAGGAAUGUCGCCGAUUUGGUAGUAGAGGAAGACGAAGAGAGAAUCCGAGCGUUGCUUCCCUCUCGCGUUGGAGUAGGACGAGAACAAGAAAGCGGAGAUAACAACAUGCGUGACGAAAAGAGAAGGAAGCUUGGCGCGCUGGUUGGUGCUAUGGAGCGCGAACGCCAGAACACCGCUAGUCAGAGGUUGGUGUCUGGUGAUGUGGAUGUCGUGCGCGCAGAGCCGAAGGCGAAGAAACUCAUGACUCCUAUUUCCACAUUCGAGGACCCAGACGACCCAGAUAUGGAUAGUAUUCGAGACGAUGACGGGGUCAUGGCGAAAAUGCUAGCCAACAAGGCGAAGAAGGAGGCCCGCAAAUCUCGAAAGGCUGCGGAAUCUAAACCGCAUGUCUACACGUUUAAGGAUAAAAUGGAUCCCGAGGCACGACGUCGAGCCUCCUCACAGGUUGUGAAGAAUAGGGGCCUGACGAGAUACAGGCCGAAGGACAAGAAGACUCCUCGUACGAAGAAUCGUCUGGCCUAUUCAAAGGCUGUUGUUCGCCGAAAGGGCGCAGUACAGGAUUACGACGGCAAGCCCGGAUCAAGCUACUCAGGCGAGGCUUCUGGUAUCAAUAUGUCGGCCCGGAAAGGCUCGAGAUUGUCAAAUGUGUAGUAUUAUAUUAGUGCACCCUACAAAACUGCCUAACAUCGUUA